AUGGCCACCACUGACCCUACUCUAAACGACACCGCAUGGGAUCUCGACAAUGACUCCCUCUCUCAACUACCACCCACCCCCGACACAAGUCCAAUUGCCGCUUACGACGACAACCUAUCUCAGGAAGCUGACACCGCCACCAUUACCAUUCCGCCGGAGAACAUUUGGCCAGGUUGGCCCGGUGACUCCGUGUUUCGCCUCAUCGUUCCAACAGGAAAGGUUGGAUCCAUCAUCGGCCACAAGGGAGAAUUCAUCAACAAGAUGUGCGAAGACACUCGAGCUCGAAUUCGCGUUCUCAACAAUGCUGUUCAAACUCCUGAUCGAAUUGUACUGAUAUCGGGGAAGGAAGAGCCUGACAAAGCUAUUUCCCCUGCAAUGGAUGCAGUGAUAAAGGUAUUCAAACAUGUAUUUGGAUUAUCCGAAACUGACAAUGAAGAUUCUGCUGAGUUUAAAUUUUGUUCAAUUCGGUUAUUGGUCCCAUCAACACAAGCUAUCACUUUGGUUGAAAAUCAAGGCUCUUUAAUCAAAUAUAUACACGACACUACUGCUGCUUCUGUUAGAGUCUUGUCACCAGAUGAGGUGCGAGGUUGUGCUACCACGGAUGAGAGGAUUGUGGAGAUGCAGGGAGAAGCCUUCAACGUCCUUAAAGCUCUCGAAGUAGUAGUUGGCCUUCUGAGGAAGUUUUUGGUUGAUCCUAGCGUUCUUCCCCUAUUUGAGAAAAUUGAAGUUAAGGGCAAUCACAAAGAACCUGUCACUAGCAGUCACGGCAGGUUAGAUGCAGUUAGGAGGCCUUCAUACCCUCAGUUUGGCAUAACACGAAGCUUCUCAUCUUCAUCGUCCUCACAACAAUAG